AUGUAUAUCAACCUUGUGCAGUCAGCAUUGCUUGCCAGCUCGGCAUGGAGCAUUAUCGCUGGUGCUAAUCCUUUACUUCCUCGCGGAGACGGAACCACAGCUGGCCGGGCAUACGAGACAGGUAGUGGCACUACGCCCGUUGGGCCAGGCUGUACAGCCUCUACUACGACUUGGACGAUCGCGUCAAUAUUGCCAGGAGAGACCUGCCCCCCAACCACGCCUGUUGGCCCUGGUAGUAACUGCCCCACAGUUCCCCCUUUCACAGUCACUGUGACCACUGGAGGCGGGAAUACUUGUCCAUCCAACACUCAAGUCAGUCCUUGCUCUGGCGGAACUACAGCUACGGUCACAGUCACUACGGGAGGAGGAAAUACCUGCCUACCAGAUACUCCAGCCCAACCCUGUUCUGGUGGGACGACGACAACCGUUACGAUGACUGCUGGAGGAAAUACUUGCCUACCAACCACGCCAGUUCAGCCUUGUACUGGCGGCACAACAACCACCGUUACCGCUCCUGGUCCGACUGUGACAAUCCCAGGAUCUGUUGGAGUUUCUACAACCACCGUCACCGUCCCAGGAUCUUCGAGAGGCUUGACACCUAUUUUCACUGUUCUAGCUUCCGCGGUUACCCAGCCUGGCUCGACCGUUACAAUCCCUGGAUCAUCCGUAGUCUCGACUCGAACAAUCUUUGUGCCUCCUGAGACGAUUACGAGAACCAUGACUCAAGGAGGCCCGGCCCCGACCGCCACCAGCACUGUGACCUCAACAGAAGUGGGUCCCGCACAAACUCUUACUGUUCCUGGAGCUCCAUUUACUGUGACCAUAACGGAGACAGGGUCAUGUCAGACAGUUACGGUUCCUGGUGACACGGUCACGGUGACAAGUACUGAGGCUGGCCCUGGCCAAACUGUUACAAUUCCUGGCGGAACGAUGACGGUGACCAGCACCGAAGCUGUUCCUGGAGGCACGGUCACCACGACUGUAACAACUACCGAAGCUGGGCCUGAGCGGACAGUCACGGUGCCCGGCGGCACCACUACAACCACGGCCACCACGACGGAAGUCGGUCCUGGUCGAAUUAUAACCGUUCCUGAUGGGGUUUCCAUAAUAACAAUCUCCGGAGCUACCUCAGCGGUUGUCACCACCACUACAAUUGGGGAUACCACAGCCACGACUAUAGUCAUUGAGACAGGAUCUUGCACCCGAGUUGGGCCAACAUUCACGUCCACAUGCACCGUGACCUCGUGGGCAACUGUUGGAGGUGGAUAUGGAAGUGGUGGCUACUUGACAGAUACGCCUGCUACAACUACGACGUGGAAGAAUCAUUACUGGAGAAGACGGGGAUAA